AUGUUUCCACUCCUCCCCCUCCUCCUCCUCAUCACCACCGUCCAAUCUCAGCCCUCCAUUUCUCCUCCCUCGCCGCCGCCGCCCAACCUCCUCCUCCCCUCCUCCGACGCCGUCGCCCUCCUCUCCUUCAAGUCCGGAGCCGACCUCAACAACAAGCUCCUCUACACCCUAAACGAGCGUUUCGACUACUGCCAAUGGCAGGGCGUCAAGUGCGCUCAGGGCCGCGUCGUCCGUUUCGUUCUGCAAUCAUACUCUCUCCGCGGCGAGUUUCCGCCCGACACUCUCACUCGCCUCGACCAGCUCCGAGUCCUGAGUCUCCACAACAACUCGCUCUCCGGCCCAAUCCCCGACCUCUCCCCUCUCCAGAACCUCAAGUCCCUCUUCUUGAACCGCAACGACUUCUCCGGCGCCUUGCCGCCUUCCAUUCUCUCCCUCCACCGCCUCUCCGUUCUCGAUCUUUCCUUCAACAACUUCUCCGGUCCCAUUCCGGUGAGGCUGUCCGCUCUGGACCGGCUCACCUCCCUCCAACUCCAGUCUAACCGGUUCAACGGCACCCUCCCCGCUUUGAACCAGUCUUUCCUUUUCGUCUUCAACGUUUCGGGGAACGACUUGACCGGGCCGGUCCCGCCGACUCUGUCCCGGUUCGACGCGUCGGCGUUCCAGCUGAACCCGGGCCUCUGCGGCGAGAUUGUGAACAGGGCGUGCAGCGCACGUGCCCCCUUCUUCGAAUCUCGCAAUGCGAGUGCUACCUCUCCGGCAUCGGAGCCGUUAGUGGAGAGUGCGCAGUCGCAAGGAGUGGUUCUGUCUAAACCUUCCCCCAAAAAUCACACGAAAACUGGUCUCAUUCUCGGGCUCGCGAUUGGGGUUGCGCUCCUCAUUGCCGGUCUCUUAUGCCUCUUUACAGUGGCCAGAAACCGAACAAAGACUAUCACUCAUGGAGCCACGAAACCAACCUCCAUCAAUGAAGGUAUUGAUCACAUUCACACGAAUCCAAAUCCGAACGCUUUUAGAAACGAAACCCAAGUGACAGAACAGAGGGGGAUGCAGUAUCCCAGUAAGGUGAAAACAGUUGAUGAAUUUGAACAAGCUCAACCGAGAGCGAUUCCGAGAAGUGGGAACUUGGUGUUUUGUUAUGGGGAGGCCCAGCUGUACAGUUUGGAGCAGCUGAUGAGAGCCUCGGCGGAGUUGCUUGGGAGGGGUACGAUUGGAACUACGUACAAGGCGGUGCUGGAUAACCAGCUGAUUGUGACGGUGAAGAGAUUGGAUGCGGGUAAGACUGCGAUUACGAGCAGAGAAGCGUUUGAUGAACAUAUGGAUGCGCUGGGUGGAUUGAGGCAUCCGUAUUUGGUUCCGGUGAGAGCUUAUUUUCAGGCCAAGGGAGAGCGGCUGGUGAUCUAUGAUUACCAACCCAAUGGCAGUCUCUUCAAUCUCAUUCACGGUUCUAAAUCAACUAGAGCAAAGCCUCUUCAUUGGACAUCAUGCUUGAAGAUAGCGGAAGAUGUUGCUCAAGGCCUUGCUUACAUUCACCAAUCAUCAACCUUAAUCCAUGGCAAUCUCAAGUCCUCCAAUGUUCUUCUUGGAGGCGACUUCGAGGCCUGUCUCACGGACUACGGCCUUUCCUUCUUUGCAGACACUUCUGCAAAUGAAGAUCCCGACUCUGCAGGCUAUAAAGCCCCUGAGAUACGCAAGUCCAGCCGUCGAGCCACUUCUAAAUCCGAUGUCUAUGCCUUUGGCAUUCUCUUGCUUGAACUUUUGACGGGUAAACAUCCGUCCCAACAUCCGCUUCUCGUGCCCACGGACGUGCCCGAAUGGGUCAGAGCAAUGAGGGACGAUGAUGUUGGGGACGAUAAUCAACUUGGAAUGCUUGCUGAGGUUGCUUGUAUAUGUAGUUUGACAUCUCCGGAACAGAGGCCGGCAAUGUGGCAAGUGCUGAAGAUGAUACAGGAGAUUAAAGAGAGUGCGAUGACAGAGGAUAAUGCAGGUGUUGGAUUUUCAAAGCAGUAG